GAGGCUAGAGUAGGGGCCAUGGAGGACAAAUCUGCUGAGCACAAAAGUACUCAAUAUUCCUGCUAUUGUUGCAAACUGAGUAUGAAGGAAGGCAACCCCGCCAUCUAUGCUGAAAGGGCCAGCUACGAUAAACUGUGGCACCCAGCCUGUUUUGUCUGCAGCAUCUGCCAGGAACUCCUGGUUGACAUGAUUUAUUUCUGGAAGAAUGAGAAGCUAUACUGUGGCAGACAUUACUGUGACAGCGAGAAACCCCAAUGUGCUGGCUGUGACGAGCUGAUAUUCAGCAAUGAGUAUACCCAGGCAGAAAACCAGAAUUGGCACCUGAAACACUUCUGCUGCUUUGACUGUGACAGCAUCCUAGCUGGGGAAAUAUACAUGAUGGUCAAUGACAAGCCCAUGUGCAAGCCCUGCUAUGUGAAGAAUCACGCUGUGGUGAGAGGUGUUCUAAGGAUAUGGUUGCCUCAGCCUGCUUUAGGACUUGAGUUUAUGCUUUUCUUAAAUCCUCUUACAAAUGGGAAACAGAAAGCACUCCUCCUAAGUAGAAAUCAAAUGAUUCCUACCACAGGGUGUUAAAAUCAAGGCAAUUCAAAACCAGUACAUACACUAUGAGCCACCUCAAGAUUUUUACCUGUGGAAUUUACAGUACCAAUUAUAGGUACUGCUUAAUAAUAAAAUCCUCACUUAAA